AUUCUACACAACUUCAAAAUGAAAUUCAAUUUUUCCUUUGAUAAAAUAACUUGUGAUACUCAUUUCCGAUUGCAUCUGUCAGUUAAAAAAACUCAAUAUUUGGAAUACUUUCCAAACAAUGGGAACAUGUAUAACUGUUUGUUGUAUUGCACCAUGUGUCUUGAUAUUUUCUCUAGCAAUUCCUGCAUUUCUGAUGUAUGUUGGAAUUUCUAGAAUUGAUCAUUGUCCAGUUAAUUCAAAUAUUCCUAUUUGGAUGAUAUGUAUUGCAAGUCUCAUGGUAAUUCAAGUAAUUAUGGAAUCAUUUCCAUGUGUCAAAGAUCGUUCAGUCAAGAAAAUGGAGUGUUCGAUUGAUUGUUGCUCGAUUUUUAGUGUGUUGUUGAACAUCGCAAGGAUGGUCAUGUUCGGCGGAACCAUACUUGGAUGUGUACUGGUGAUUUCAACAUUUUCCCGUAAUAAUGAAUGUGAUCAAUUAUUAUAUUGGACAUCAUUUAUUUUCUGUGCAUUCUUCAUCAUCUUUUAUUCAAUUACAACAUGCAUUUUUAUAUGUUGUUGCUGUUGUAUAUUUACUGGAGCAUAUCGUUCUGUUCCCACAAAUGAAGAAGUUCAAAUGGGGGCCCAGUACACCGGUCGGAAUACUAAAGAAUGAGUCAUUUGAUAAUUUUUCACCUCACCAAUAAAAAUAAAUAAGUUUUAUUCU